GCAUAUAUUAGCAUCUCGGCUCAGGAGGAUUUAGAUUUAUAAAUCAUUCACUUGCACGGAUCCUUCCACGGAAAUGUUUUGAAGCUCAGUUAAGCGGAAAUGCGUUAAAAGCGCCAUCCCUAACGUCACAUCCGGUGCAAUAUGGCAGCGACCUUGUGUGGCAGGAUUGUCACAAAAACAGGAUGUCUACCUCUGGUUCAGAGUUUGCGUCAUGGCUCCAAAGCUGUAACACGCCACAGAAAGCCCAUGCACUUUCUGAAGCAGAAGCUGAUGGCUGUUACAGAAUACAUUCCCCCUCAACGUGCUGCUCCUCCUGCAGCUCUGGCAUCACGCAACUGGAAAACCGAAGAGGAAAGUGGCCUGGUGAGACUGUUAAAGAGAGACCUGGAGAAGGUCUUUAACGAGUGUAAGAUGAUUGCUGUGCUCCAAAACAAUGCCAUCAAUGCUGAGGAUAUGUUACUGCUAAAGCACAAGCUUAGAAAACAUGACAUCACCAUAAAAUUUUUCCCCAACAAGGUAAUGAGAUCCUUUCUUCCCGGCAGCCCUUAUAGCAACAUGCAACCUUUGUUCAUUGGACAAACCGUAUUGUUUGUAAGCAAAGAGCCAAAAGUGAAGGAAAUGUUACAAGUGUUAAGGAGAAGUCCACAGAUGCUGCUAUUAGGUGCCUGCAUUGAGAACACACUACUCUCAGGAGAAGGAAUUCUUAACUACUCCAAGCUGCCGUCCAUGUGUACUGUCCAUGGUGAACUGGUUGGAGGCUUGACCUUGAUGGCGUCACACACCGUUUCACUGCUGCAUCGGCACCCUGCACAUCUCUCAGCUCUCCUCCAGCAGUAUAUUCAGCAGCAGCAGCAGCAGCAGCAGCAGCCUGCAGACAGUGCUGAGCACAGGGCAGCAUCUGAAUCUGAGGAAACAAAGGCCUGAAUUAAAUUAUUGGCCAUCUGAAAAAAGGCUGAAGAAAUUUCAUAAGCAUGAAAACUCUGUGUGGACUCUGAUAAAGAUCAUUAAUUCUGUGUUGACGUAAAUAUCUUGUGUUUAUGGACUAAUUAGUGCAACAGUCAACAUAUAAAGAUACUUAAGAUGCCAGAUUUAUUGUUGCUGGUACAACAUUGUGUAUUUUGCCUGAUUUUACACAGAGAAUUAAAGACAUGUUUUGGACUCUUGGAAGAAUUUCUGUAACUGAAACAUAAAUAUUGUUUGGAAGAAACAAAUGGUUAAUACAUCAGA